AUGGUCAAGAACAACGCGUACUACAGUCGCUUCCAGACCAAGUACAAGCGCAGAAGAGAGGGAAAGACCGACUACUACGCCCGCAAGCGCCUCAUCACCCAGGCCAAGAACAAGUACAAUGCCCCCAAGUACCGCAUGGUCGUCCGCUUCACCAACCGCGACAUCAUCACUCAGAUCGUCACCUCUGAGAUCAGCGGUGACAAGGUUUUCGCCUCUGCCUACUCGCACGAGCUGAAGGCCUACGGCAUCAAGCACGGUCUUACCAACUGGGCUGCUGCCUACGCUACCGGUCUUCUGCUGGCCCGCCGUGUCCUGAAGAAGCUCGGCCUCGACGAGCACUUCGCUGGUGUUGAGGAGGCUGAUGGCGAGUACACCCUGACCGAGGCCGCUGAGGUCGACGGUGAGGAGCGCCGCCCCUUCAAGGCCUUCCUCGAUGUUGGUCUUGCCCGUACCUCGACUGGUGCCCGUGUCUUCGGUGCCAUGAAGGGUGCUUCCGACGGUGGCAUCUUCAUCCCCCACUCCGAGAACCGCUUCCCCGGUUUCGACAUUGAGAGCGAGGAGCUCGACGCCGAGACCCUGAAGAAGUACAUCUUCGGUGGCCACGUCGCUGAGUACAUGGAGACUCUCGCCGACGACGAUGAGGAGCGUUACACCUCCCAGUUCCAGCAGUACAUCGACGACGAUGUUGAGGCUGAGGGUCUUGAGGACCUUUACACUGAGGCCCACUCUGCCAUCCGUGAGGACCCCUUCAAGAAGGCCGAGAGCGACGCCCCCAAGAAGUCCAAGGAGGAGUGGAAGGCCGAGUCUAAGAAGUACCGCUCCAACAAGCUGUCCAAGGCUGAGAAGGAGGAGAGAGUUAAGGCUAAGAUUGCCGAGCUCCGCGAGUAA